GGAGUUCGUGAUGUGAAUUUCUUCUAGACAAAACCGAAUCUUAAGUUUUAGUAAUAAAAAGAUUGGGAAUUUACUUUAUUGUAGGUUGUAUAAGGUAAACUCGCUCGGAUUUCCACUACGAAGUACUAUGAUUUAGAAAACUUAUCUAGGAGAUAGAUCUGAGCACGGGGAGUUCAUCUUUUAUAUUUGCCUUGUUUAAAUUUGUUUAAAUAAAAGCAGUCUUUCUAGAGGAACGAUUCACGGUACGGUGUUUACCUGAGGUAAGGUGCCCGCGAAGACGUGGGUCUAACGAACGUCGAACAAUAGCAGCGGGACAGAAAGUGCCGAAAAGUCCCACAGGGAAAUAUUUACUCGGAGAUUUGUUUAAAGGAGCUCAGUCUAUGACGCUCCUCCUUUCGGAUUUGCGCAAGUUCCCCGGGCGGUGGAAGCACUUUGUCUUCACUCGGCCACCGUCCUCAGGGCGGUAGGGAGUAUUUUGUCCGCCCGCGGCCGCCGUCCCCCAUAUUAGUCGCCGAGUUCCUGGCCGUCGGAGCGUGGGGCUUGCGGGAGCCGGCUGGCGUUGCCCGCACCAUGGAGUCACCUCUUAGCCCGGGCCUCUCCCACCGAGCGGAUGAGGAUUGGGAUUCUACACUGUUUGCUGAACUCGGCUAUUUCACAGACGCUGAUGACCUGCAAUUGGAUGCAGCGAGGGAGACUUACGAAAACAAUUUUGAUAAUCUUGAUUUUGACUUGGAUUUGAUGCCCUGGGAAACAGGCAUUUGGGACAUCAACAACCAGCUCUGUACAGUUACAGAUGUUAAGGCAGAACCUCAGCCACUUUCUCCAGCCUCCUCAAGUUGUUCAGUCUCCUCUCCUCAGUCAGUGGACUCUUACUCUUCAACUCAGCACGUUCCUGAGGAGUUGGAUUUGUCUUCUGCUUCCCAGAUGUCUCCCCUUUCCUUAUAUGGUGAAAGCUCUCAUAGUCCCUCCUCAGCAGAGCCACUGAAAGAAGAUAAGCCCAUCAUUGGUCCCAGGAGCAAAACUGAAAAUGGACUGACUCCAAAGAAGAAAAUUCAGAUGAAUUCAAAACCUUCAAUUCAGCCCAAGCCAUUAUUACUUCCAGCAGCAUCCAAGACUCAGACAAAUUCCGGUGUUCCAGCGAAAACCAUCAUUAUUCAGACACUACCCACACUUAUGCCAUUGGCAAAGCAGCAGCCAAUUAUCAGCAUACAUCCUGCUCCCACUAAAGGUCCGACCGUGGUGCUCUCCCAGCCUGCCGUCGUACAGCUUCAGGCUCCUGGAGUUCUGCCCUCUUCUGCCCCAGUCCUUGCUGUCGCCGGGGGAGCCUCACAACUACCUAAUCACAUGGUGAAUGUGGUACCGGCGCCCGUGGCAAACAGCCCAGCGAAUGGGAAACUUUCGGUGACUAAACCUGUCCUACAAAGUAGCAUGAGAAGCGUGGGCUCGGAUAUUGCCGUGCUAAGGAGACAGCAACGUAUGAUAAAAAAUCGAGAGUCUGCUUGUCAGUCCCGCAAGAAGAAGAAAGAAUAUAUGCUUGGCUUAGAGGCCAGGUUAAAGGCUGCGCUUUCAGAGAAUGAGAAGCUAAAGAAGGAGAAUGGAUCACUCAAGCGGCAGCUGGAUGAAGUCGUGUCAGAGAAUCAGAGGCUUAAAGUUCCUAAUCCGAAGCGAAGAGCUAUCUGCGUAAUGGUAGUAUUGGCAUUUAUAGUACUCAACUAUGGACCCAUGAGCAUGUUGGAACAGGAUUCCAGAAGAAAGAAUCCUGGUGUGAACCCUGCAAAUCAAAGGAGGCAUCUUCUAGAAUUUUCUGCUAAAGAGGUGGAAGACACAUCAGAUGGUAUUGUCCAGAAAAACAGCUACAGAUACGAUCAUUCUGUUUCAAAUGACAAGGCCCUCAUGGUGCUAAGUGAAGAACCACUACUGUAUAUUCCUCCACCUCCUUGUCAGCCCCUGAUAAACACCACAGAAUCUCUCAGGUUAAAUCAUGAACUUCGAGGAUGGGUUCACAGACAUGAAGUGGAAAGGACCAAGUCAAGAAGAAUGACGAACAAUCAGCAGAAAACCCGUAUUUUUCAGGGUGCUCUGGAACAGGGCUCAAAUUCUCAGCUCAUGGCUGUCCAAUACACAGAAACCACUAGUCUCAGGAACUCGGGGAGUGAGCUACAAGUGUAUUACGCAUCACCCAGAAGUUAUCAAGACUUCUUUGAGGCCAUCCGCCGAAGGGGAGACACGUUCUAUGUUGUGUCGUUUCGAAGGGAUCACCUGCUGUUACCGGCCACUACCCACAACAAGACCACAAGACCAAAGAUGUCAAUAGUAUUACCAGCAAUAAACAUAAAUGAGAACGUGAUCAAUGGGCAGGAUUACGAAGUGAUGAUGCAGAUUGACUGUCAGGUGAUGGACACCAGGAUCCUCCACAUCAAGAGCUCGUCGGUUCCUCCUUAUCUCCGAGAGCAGCAGAGGAAUCAAACCAACACCUUCUUCGGCUCCCCGCCAGCAGCCCCAGAGGCAGCUCACGUUGUCAGCACCAUCCCGGAGUCUGUACAGUAGCCUCUCAGGCUGCACUGGAAAACACGGUGGGACUCUGCCAAGCUGAAGAGCAGGGGAGAGACCUGUUCCUGUCCACCUUCUUGGUGGCAGGCAGAGAGCUGCCUCGCGGUAGGGUUUGAGGGAUAGCGAGAAAAGUUGUUUUUCACCAUCUGCCCUUCUACUCGGAAAGCACUGAUACUCAGACACAAGGGAAGCAGCCUUUCUCUGACGGCAGACGUUGCCUGCAUCCUCUGUUGCUGCCUGGUGUCAAUUUUUUCUGUACCUUUCUAAAUUGCUUUUCCUUCUGUAUUUCUUUUGUGUUUAAAUAGUCAUCUUUAAAAUAAGAUCCUCUCUUCUCUGCCAUUUCACUUAUUGAUAAAGAGGUUUUUAUUUAUAGCUGUACAGCACACCGAUGUUUCCAGCAAUUAGUUUAUUAACUUAAUGCAAAUCCAUUGUGGAUAUUGUGCUUAUUGGAAACAGAUUUCAAAACCAGAACAGCCAAAAACAUCCCCAAAAAGAGUCAAGACAAUUGAGAGCUUUAGGUAAAAGGGAAAAACCCCCAUUGGGUAAAGUUGGUCUUUGCCUGAGAAUUGUGGCUCCCACCUGACCCGGGUGCCCGUGGGGGGAGGGGGGCAGCAGGGUGGAGAGAAUGUCAGGGAAGAGCAGGGUCCGCGCUGGGCCAUGGAAAGAGGAGCCAGCUCUGUUAACACAUGUUUAAGACGCUGCAGGUUUUGAUGUGACUGGAGUUGAAGACCAAAGCCACAGCAGCCAUUUGUUCAGAGGCCACGGAGUGUUGGCAUCUGUGCUUAUGUGUUCUCUUCACUCGUCUGGUGCAGGUCCACAAGGACCCCGGCACAAAUCCUUCAGGUUUGCUUUGAAUCCCCACCACGACACACCUUCUAAUACGACGACACCGAAUUUGGCCCAGGAACACGCAGGGUGACGUUAACAAGAGGGUUUUUUCUCAUGAGAAUUGACAAGUAUUUAUUCCUUAAGACUUUGUAGACAGGCAAGCUUGGAUUCCUGUUCGGGGAGUGCAUCGCACAAUACAGCAAUAAUUUUCUGUUUUUCCAGUGAAAAUACUGAAGGAAUUAACUUUUUUAUCCUCCCGUGGAAAAAGAGAGAGGAAGAGAGAAAGAAAAGAAAGAAAAAUAGCCCUAUUGCGUUCCAUCAUAUCUUACUGGAUUUGACUACUUUCCUCUCCUCCCUGAUUUCUGCCUUUGGUUUCUAAAGGGAGUCUUCCUGUUCUCCUGUGAAACUUCAUACUUUCUCUCUAGAACUUGUUCUGCUGACAUGGCUUCUUAACCUUGUCCACUUGCCUGGGCCGGCAUUCUUCCCUUCCAGUCCCACUCCGGCCUCCCAUUGCUCUGAGCUGGAGGAGGAGAGACCACAGGUGCAAGUCCUGUGGGGUGCCCUGCGGCCAACCCCUUCUGCCCGCAAGGGUCGGCCUGGGUCCUAAAUAAUUCUGAAGAAUCACUAAGGCAUCCACCUCUGGAUAGUGGCGCCUCUCUGCCCAAGCUUAUCAGCUGAGCUCCGAGGAGAUCCGUGUAACUCAGUGUGGCCAACGGGGUGCUCUGCUCCCCAGGUCCCUGGGAAUCUGGGCUUUGGCCGCGUUAACAAGCUUCUGAGAGCCUGGGUGGCCUGGCCCCUGCUGUGGCUGCUGUCCUGGGUGACGUCCACCCAGGAACCGCCUUUCCUGGGGUGCUCCUCCUCUAAUGGACAAGACCUGCACAUGGCAGGACAGCCUUCUCUCGGAGUGUCUCCUCCCGUCCCAGCGCCUUCCAUCUGGUGUGCACACCAGCCACGCAAGCAGCCACGGCCAGCAGCAAGGUGACAUGGUUGUUCCCAAGCUGAUAGCCUGCUGGAGCUGUUGGAGCUGUCACAGCGGAUGUGGGCCCAGCCUUACAGAUGGUGCUUCCUCUCCCGUGCAUGGACUCACAGCCACAGACCGCCCCACGGCUUCUCGGUCUUCACCCUCCGUCCCAGCUUCCCUGACCGGUCCGACCAAUGGUGGCCGUCAUGGAGCCCACCUGGAUGCCUCUCCUGCAGGCGGGGACGCAGGUGGGGCUGCAGGUGCCAAGAGUAAGGGGUCCUGACUGCUCACAGCAGCGUGGGAGCUGCGCCGGCUCUCCCCCAGUUACCUGCUCUUGAGGUGAUCGUCUGGAGAUGAGGGAGCAGGCUUCUCCUCAGGGGAAGUCUCAGGAAGGGAGAGAAUGACAGCUGCGAAGUAUUCUACUUUUCUAAUUGCUGACAAAGCUCUUACUGAUUCCUGGGCCCCACAGUGGUUUUGAUGUAAGAUCUGUGCUUGCACCAGUUAGACCUGAUGGGAAGGAGAAAGCGCUGUGCCUGAUGAACAAAUUAAGCUGCUGUUUGGGUUUAGUUUUAGGAUGAAAUCACCUUUUGCGGAUUGCAGCCAGGAAUGACGGGAUAUGCGUCUAUAUCUUCAUUUAUUAAGUUUUUAUUAAGUGGGAUUUUGCAAACUUGUGGGAUAAUUAGAUAAACCAGAGGACGCAAGUCCACCCAUAGCAUAGAGGACUCUGUUCCCUUUCUUCUGCCGCGCUGCCUCCCCCAGGAAGUGAUGGAAGGCACGGCCGGGCCGGUUCCCCCACCUGCUUGUGAGCCCCACAUGCUGAGCUUUCAUGGCAGCGGAUGGUUCCUCGUGCUAACUAUUGAGUCAAGCAUCAGGGCUCCUCCCCACGGGGUUCAUUCCCCAGCAGAACACACAGCUCCGUCAGCCUGGUAGUGAAUGGCCUCUUUCCAAAGUUGGGAUUUGUAAAAGGAUCAUCUUGACUCAAAAGCUUGCCAUGCUUGUCAUUUAAAAGCUUUCCAUUACAUUAUUGGGUGAGGUUUAUCUUUUCACAAGGAAAAAAACAAAAACAAAGAAACCAAAAUGUAAUUACAGAAUCUCAGAGCAUCUUUGAACUUUUUUCUAAAUGACUACAGGCUGCAGCACAAGCUGGCAUGUCUUUGCCUUUUCUUCUGAGCAAGAAAUAGACACGGAGGUAUUUGAAAGCAGCAAUGUUAUGAGUCAUUCUUGAGUGUUUGAAUAAACAUUACUUAGAAACAGACAACUUGGGAUUCAAACUGAUUUUCUAUCAUUUUUAAAGAGACACUGUCCCGACAGAUCUUCCUGGCUCUUACCUCCUCACCCCUGGGCAUGAACCCCCAUCGGCAUAGCCGUGACCCUGAUGAGACGGCCGUGGCUGCAGCCUUUGGGGCGAUGGAAAUCGGACUCCUCUCCAGCUCCCUGCAACGUUUGCACUACUUUCUGGCUCUUGCCCUCUCACUCAGCUCAGGUUGUGAAACUUGGCAGAAAAAUAGCACAGGGAAAAACCCGUAUUUGACUUUGGAACACUGAAAAGUUUCCAAGCGACUUCUACUUUCAGCUACCUAGAAGUCACCCCUUUUUCCGGACGAGCCAGAGCCAGACCCUAUGUCCCCUGCAGCCUGACCUCAUGGACGCUUUCCACCCAGCGAAGCCCGUUCCACUGCACCCCAACGGGCCAACUCCGCUCUGGCAGCAGAUACCCAGGAACUGAAGUUCGAAUGAAGCCUCUCAUCCUAUUGGUUGUUUCAUGUGCAUUAACCUCUCAAGACUGCUUAACGCUAUAAUUGACAGAUGCUUAUCACCACUUUUGGACCCCACAUUUUUAUAUUACAUAAUGUUAUUUUUGCCCCUCCUGAGUCAUUCUAAUUUACAGAAAUUAGGAUUUUUGCUGCUAAUAUGAGCACUAAUUAUAUUACGUACCUUAAAAACAAGAAUAAAGCCUAAAAAGAGGAAACGUGAGAAAUGCUCAUUCCUACUACUAAGGCAACUAUUGUGUCCCCCACCCCCAGGGGUUGUGUUCGAUUUUUAAUUUUCUAGGAAAACAGAAUACUGGACUACCCAAACAGUUGUUGCUCGAGUCCAGAUCGAACUAUGCACAUAAAAGAAAUGCCGUUUUCUCCUCCCUGAAAAUAGAAGUCAGAGUGUAACCUGUUAACUUAUAUUUUUAGUGACUAAGCUUAAAACAAAGUUUAUUUUAGAUAAGUCUAGAGCUUUGAGCAGACUGUUCUAAUAGUUAUCUGUCAGGUUAGGAAAAGAAUGACAAAGGCAUCUUGAUCAGGAAAUUUGGUCCCGUGUAUGAAUGUCAUGGCUAGCCACUGCCCAAUAGUGGACGCUGGUUUUGACAUAACGGUUUGCAGGCUUUAAGCGUUAGAGGUCCAGCAUGUUAAGAGACUUAAUUGUAUUAGUUUGGGGAACCAAGGAGUACAUAAAUCAUAGUCUCUCACUUGCCAAGGUCAGCAGACAGCACACUGCUUUGCUGCUGGUGCCCAGCACCGUUGAUGACCACUAGUUAAACUAGGAGGCUUGAUCUAGCCCCCUCCAACCAGGGGGGUAACCCCAGAGAUAGACCGGCAGGUUGGCUUUCACAGUCAAUGUCUGUUGGACCAUUCAACUCACACUCAGCUCUGAUUUCCAGGUCAGCCAUCUGGUUAAGAGGGGGAAAGAGAACUUUAGAUGAAAGCUACCAGGUACUACUGGCCUUAAGGCUCCAAUUUCUUGUUUCUCAUCAUGUUGACAAGUGUGGUUGGGCUAAGAUCCACCAUGCUUCACCCGUGGAGCCAUUAGAGCCAGAGGAGAGAGGUCCACCAAGCCUUUCACCAGGGUUUUCCUUCUAAGAUUGCAUGACGAUAAGUUAAAGAUGAGGAGGAACAAGGUAUCACUCUCUCCUGUAGUAGUUGAGUUGGUUUACGAUGCAUAAAGAAACCAUGACAACAAACUUAACAUGGUUUUAAGCAAGUCUUUACAAUGCAAUACUUGUUCUUUGUCUAAGAUUCAAAUAAAGACUUUUUAAACUUGC